UUUUAAGUUAAGGCAAUAAGGGGCCAAUACCUUACUUUACUUCCCUCUAUAUUUCUUUCUUUACCUUUCGUGUUCGACGCACGUUCACUAUUUCACCCUCCAUCACUCUCAAUCUUUUUCUUAAUUAAUAAAUUAAAAUAAUAUAGAAAGAAGGUACUGCUAAUAAAUUAAGUACAGAGAAAAACUCGGCAAACGCCAUAAUUAAAGAUUUUGUUGUUUUGCUCUCGAUCUCUCCGCCCAAAUCUUGUAGACGCCAAACAGAUAAAUUUUGUGAUUACUCUUUUCUUUCUCAGAUCCCUUCGAAAGCGAUUCUUCUUCUUCUUUUUAUUCUUUUUAAAUUGAUUUGAAGUUGCUGAUUCGAAAUGAGUACGGCCGACCUUCUCAGCAUCGAGCCUUUAGAGCUCAAGUUUCCUUUUGAACUGAGGAAGCAGAUCUCGUGUGCUCUUCAAUUGUCGAAUAAAACUGAUAAUUAUGUAGCUUUCAAGGUGAAAACGACAAAUCCAAAGAAGUACUGCGUUCGUCCCAAUACGGGGGUCGUUUUGCCUCGAUCCACAUGCGAUGUUGUUGUUACCAUGCAAGCGCAAAAAGAGGCUCCUCCUGAUAUGCAAUGCAGGGACAAAUUCCUCCUUCAAAGUGUAAAGGUAAAUGAUGGUGCAUCCGCAAAGGAUAUAACUGCAGAAAUGUUCAACAAGGAAGCUGGGCAUGUGGUUGAGGAGUGCAAAUUGAAAGUGGUUUAUGUUUCUCCACCUCAACCACCUUCACCUGUACGUGAAGGUUCAGAAGAAGGGUCCCCACCAAGAGUUUCUGCUUCUGACAAUGGGCAUGCAAAUGCUGCUGAGUUUGCUGCAGCUGCAAAACAAUUCUCUGAGGGGCUUGAAGCUCAGGAUAAAUCUUUUGAGGCAAGAGCUCUUAUAACAAAGCUGACUGCAGAAAAAAAUAGUGCAAUUCAACAAAAUAACAAGCUUCGCCAAGAACUGGAACUCUUGAAGCGUCAAAGCAGCAAAAGUGGCGGUGGCGUGUCAUUCAUGGUUUUCAUCCUCAUCGGCUUGAUCGGUAUAAUUAUGGGAUAUAUCAUGAAAAAAUAGUCAGAAGCAACUCUCUCCUACAAUCUUACUGCAUAUAUUCCCUCUUCUUUCCUUCGUCUGAACAAGUAUGGUGAAGGAAAAGGGAAGGGGGGAAAAAUGGUCUUGGGCUGGUGCAUUUUAUUAGUUGUUAGUUUUGUGACAUUAGCAAAAACUUGUUAAAAGGUGGGUGUGGAUUUGUUAGUCGCACUUUUCAUUAACAUGCAUUCUUUCUAUAA